GUACGGUGGGUGUUGCAGACUCUCGGGGGUGUGACGGUGGUGUGCGACUUGCACAAUUAGGAGGGGGCCAGGGUUUCUGCAUGGGUGCGACUUGCCUUUGACUGCACCUGGCCUUUUAGCGCUGUUGUAAAAUUGAUCUGGGUUGGGUGUGACCCCCCCAAGUUUUCAGUACCAGGAAGGGAGGGUCUGCUUCUGAACUUACGUGCCCCACUAACCACAAAACAACCAAACAGACAGACUUAAUUUAAAACUAAAACUCUCGGAAAUUGUGUUUAAUGAACACGACGUGUCAGAUUAGCGCUGCAUGCUGCAGUGUACACAUUAAACUUUUAUUUCACGCAGAUGAUAGAAACAAACAGGCAAUAUUUAAAAUGCAUUUUAAAAUGACAAUUUAUUAAUUUAGAGUAACUGAAUCAUUUAUAAGCAUAAUGGAUUUUUGCAUGGCUUGUUUAGUCAACACAUAAAUGUCAUUUAAUAAUAAAGAUUAUUGACUGCAAUUGGAAUAAUUAUUGCAUAAAAUAAACAGCAGUUACUGUGUGUUGUUGAACCUGAAUCUGUUUAUUGUAUUAUUGUACAUAAUAAUCUGAAAUAUAAUAUAAAGUUUUGUUUUGCAUGACCAUUAUAAAUGAAAGUAAUUAAACAAUGCGGAGUGCUAAUCGGUACAGAUUCAUGCGGGUGGGAGAUAGCAGAGGUGUCGUCAGACCUUGUACAAUGGGUUCCCCCUGUAUUUAUUUAUUUUUUGCUGACCAGAGGGGGCAAAGGCCCCCUCAGUAAUUUUUGCCUACUGGGGAGUCCCCUUGGCAUUUGUUAAUGACCGGGGGGGUGGGUCACCUCAGUAUAAUUUUCUGAUUGUGAGCAUUAUCCAUUAAUUUACUUGCGGUCAAGUGGGAGACUGGUUCCAGAAUUAAAUGCUCCAUGUCUUGAUUUUAUUUUUUGGGUGAGGGCUGGGUACUGGGGGGGGGGUCGUGGACACCCCUUAGGUAUGUCCUUGGGGGAAAGAAGCCAGUAUUAAAUGUUGAAGAACCUUUAUAGUGGAAGAAUUUAUUAUUAUUAUAAUUAUUAUCAUUCUGAUUCCAGCCUCUGCCGUGUGUUUCUGAGGGUCACCCUCAUGCAUGGUGCUCAGUCAUCGACUGUGUUUGGAUUUCCCAAGCCUUGUGCCCUGUGCUUCCAGCGAGAGCCCCUGCAUCCAGCCUGACCCUGUGCCGCCGCGGGCAAGCCCACAUGUAAAACAGGGUUAUGGUCAGAUAAGCAAAUAGGUGAAUGGUAUCUAUACAGUAUCUCACCCAUAUAUGUUCCGUUAUGUGGCGAACCAGGAAAUCUGACUGUUAAAGGGAGCUGACCCAGCUGUGACCCGAAAAACAAAGUAGGACUCAGAGUAAAAUGGGAAGUGAAAUUGGCAAGAAGCCGACUUUGCGAGUAGCGCUUGCUGCAAUAGACACCUGCGGCUUUGCGGAGUUUAUUGUGAGAGGUGAGCACAGGGGUGCCUGUUGUUCUCCAUGCCAGCGCGCUUUGGUGUGUCGCCCGUCACCUGUGCGCAUUCAGUUACCGGCUGAAAGUAUUCGGGGCGCAGCUGAGUGCUGCUUUUUUGCAUGUAAACUGACGGCAGAACGCUCUCAUGCUCGACUAUAAAAACGUACGAAUCAGGUCUGUGUGAUGGAUUUCCAUCCGGCAGAAGAUUUGCCGCUGUUUACCGAAGCCGAAUAUAGCACUAACACUCAGGCUUGUGUCUAGGUGCUGAAUAUGAAUGUGUGUGAGUUUUCUGGGUGUGUUUUCCCUACUAAGUCUGAUGCCUCCUCUGGCUUCCUGCUUCUUUAAUCGGUGUCUGACACCGUGUGAGUUCGUGAUGCCACAUGCUGUUGGUACGUACUGCCGCUAUGAUCAUCCCCAACACCAAGGUGUUAAACGGAAACCUUCAGAAAGCGGCAGCAGAGAGGGGCGUGCUUCCUUAAGGCCCCUUAAGGCCUCCUGACUUGGGCACAAAGUGCCAAAUAGCUGGGGGGGGGGGGGGGGGGGGCAGCAAGUGAGAGGACUGAAUGAAAUUUGAACGUUGAGAAAAGCAGGACAAAGAAGGUUUAUAUUUUUCUCAUUAUCUGUUCUUCCAUCCAUUCAUCCAUCCAUCCAUCAUCCAUCUUCUAAUCGCUUGUCCUCAUCGGGGUCACAGAGUUUUAAAGGCAACAGAAAAAGUCACCUCAGAACUACAUAGGCGAAUAUUAUUGGAAAGAUCAAAACUAUGUUGAAUAAAAAAAAAAAAAUGUAGUAUAUUAUUAAAAAUCCAUCCGCCUGGGUUCCACACCGUGUGUUCAGUACAGGGACAGGCUCUAGGCUUACCGUGAAUGUGUUCUGGAUAAGUGCUAUGGAAGAUACAGUAGAUUGGUGGGUUACUAAAAAGAUUUAUUCAAGUAAUUGAAUUAUCAUGCUAGUUCUGCACAAGCUCUCUUUGACGCAUUCUGUUCGGUGCGUCUCAGCUGGUCCAUGCAGGUUUUAAGCACACGAAACUAUGAAAUGUAUUUAUGCCGCAGUCAAGCUCAUCACAAUUACUCGCCAUUACUGCAUGUAUGAUUCGUAAUCCCUCAUUUUACUUGACGGGGCACAAAUAUAAUAUUACGCUGUUACCAAAGUAUUAAUUAACCGCAAACCAAGUCAUAAUCUCGUACUGAUGUCAUGUUAAUACAUCAUUAAUGAAUCCUGAUGUAUCUUUUAUCUAAAACAGUUACUGUAUUUGUUAAUUCUGUAAACCUUUGUGAACUACUGAUCACACUACUGAAGGAACAAGUAAUGAAUAACACAAGUGAAAUACUGACCUCAUGUUUGUUCAUCGUGAAUGAAUCGUGACGUGUCUUUUAUUUGAAGUAGCAACUAUAUAUGUUUACGAUUGGUACUAAAAUAGUAACCGAGUUAUAAAGUACUUGUGUCCCGUCAAGUAAAGUGUUACAAAAACAUAUGCAAACAUAUGGUAUGAAAUAAGCGUGCAUAAAGUUUACUGCAUUUUCUUCUGCGUUUCUUCCGUUCUCAAUAAACAUGCAUUGUUGCCAAGUCCCACGCAUCAGGCGUGAUAUUCACGCAUCCUGACUCAUAAUGAGUGAAUGACUGUGCAGACUUGUCUCCAAUUAAAAAUCUCACGCCAGCCAGGUGACCAGAGUUGUCAACACUGAAUAUAUUAAAAACAUGGACGUGGUCAUUGUCCAGAUCUGACGAUUAGAUGGUCGCGAUAGUAAGACGGCCAAAAUUUGAUCAUCAUUCUCGCCAAAUUAUGUUUGUUACGAUCGUCUCUUAUGUGUAUUGUGUUUGUUUAAUGUUUCAGUUUUGUGAUUAUCUUGUGAUUCUCAUACAUAUUCCUUAAUGUUCUUUAAUCAUAAAAAACGCUUCUGAUUUCUAUUGUGUUUUAAUGUCAGUAAUAUAAUUUAGUGACAUAUUUCUAUAAAGUGCAUAAUUUACGAUGAGCAACACAGUUUUUUUUCCUGCAUUUAGUAUCGUUGCAGUACUGGGAUCAUGAUACUUGGUAUCGGUGUCGGUAUCGAGGUCAGAAUUUUGGUAUUGUUACAGCACUAGUGUCGGGUUACCAUGACGACGGUCAGAGCUGCGCUCUCCUCCGUGUGCCGUCCCCGUAUACCGUCCCGUGCGCGUGCCCAGCGUGAAACGCCGUCUCGCGUCUCAUUUUUACGUGGUUAUUUUUAUUCCGGCAGUUUUCUGGCACCGAGUGGAAGGUCUGGCCUUCAGGCCCCGAAACGCCGCUGAGAUUCAAAGAAAAGGGGCUUUGCUGUACCCUCCCAGGGCGUCUAAUCGGCGUGAGAUAUCAGAAUGACCUUCGCGGGCACCGAGAACGGGCGAUAGCUUUAACUGGAAAUUCGAUAAUUUCACAAGGGAUUAGGCGCUUAACAGUGGCGCGAGGUGGAGAACGCGGGCGAAUGAAGAACCAGAGGAGAGGGGAGUCGAGGCAGCAAGCAGAGAAGGACCCGGAUUCCAUGGCGCUGGAGCAGUCGGCGACGGUGGAGGAGCUGCUGGAUGCCUGUAUCCACGCCUUUGAUGACGACGGCGCCUUGAGGGGGGAGUCCCACAUCCGCAUGUUCCUCACCAUGCACCCCUGGUAUCUCCCCUCCGCCGAGCUGGCCAAGAAGCUCCUCCAGAAGUCCAGGGAGAGAAACUGCUCGGCUAGUUACAGGACGAAAAUUUGUCACCUGGUCAAGUACUGGAUCUCAGAGUUUCCCGCUGAGUUCGGCUUGAAUCCAGAACUUUCUGAGCAGAUCAGAGGUCUCAAGGAUCUGCUUGCCCGGGAGGGAGACGAGCAUCAGAGCCAGCUGAUAGACAUCGAGAGUGUGCCGUCGUACGAGUGGAAGCGACAGGUCACCAAGUUGGCGCCCACCUCCAAGAAAAGGAAGAUGUCUCUGCUUUUCGAUCACCUGGAUGCCAGUGAGCUGGCUGAGCAUCUGACCUACCUGGAGUACAAGUCCUUCUGCAAGAUGCUGUUCCAGGACUACCACAGCUUUGUGAUGCACGGCUGCACCGUGGAUAACCCCAUCCUGGAGCGCUUCAUCACCCUCUUCAACAGCGUCUCCCAGUGGAUCCAGCUCAUGGUGCUCAGUAAGCCCACCGCUCUGCAGAGGGCUGCGGUCAUCACCCACUUCAUCACGGUGGCUCAGAGACUGCUGCAGCUGCAGAACUUCAACACACUGAUGGCGGUGGUGGGAGGCCUAAGUAACAGCUCUGUCUCGCGGCUUAAAGACACACAGGCGCACGUCGGCAGCGAGGCCAACAAGACCUUUCAGAACCUAACAGAGCUGGUGACAUCCUGCGGGAACUACAGCCGGUAUCGGCGUAGGUUCUCGGAAUGCACGGGCUUCCGCUUCCCCAUCCUGGGCGUGCACCUGAAGGACCUCAUAGCCGUCCAUGUGGCUUUGCCUGACUGGGCCGAUAAGGCCAAGACGCAAGUCAACCUUGUCAAGACCCGACAGCUUUACGUCAUCCUGCAGGAGCUGGCGCUGAUCCAGAGCAUGCCUCCCAGCAUCGACGCCAACCCGGACCUCGUGAACCUCCUUACGGUGUCACUGGAUCAGUACCACACCGAAGAGGAAAUCUACCAGUUAUCUUUGCAGAGAGAGCCCCGUAACAGCAAGGCCCUCGUCCCAAGCCCUGCCUCUGGGCCCGAGACACAGUCCUCGGUGAUUGAAGAAUGGGCAUCUUCUGUGAAGCCCAAGACCGACCCCGCCAUCAUCAGCAAGCAUAUUGAGAAGAUGGUGGAGUCAGUCUUCAAAAACUUCGACACGGAUGGGGACGGAAAGAUCUCCCAGCAAGAAUUCGAGAUCAUAAGGAGCAAUUUCCCCUACCUCAGCAAAUUCACGGAGUUAGACAAAGACGAGGAUGGGCAAAUCAGCAGGGAGGAGAUGAUCGACUACUUCACCAAAGCGAGUUCCCUGCUCAACUGUAAGAUGGGCUUCAUCCACACAUUCGUGGAGUCCAACUACGUCAAGCCCACCUUCUGCGUUCACUGUGCAAGACUGAUAUGGGGCUUCUACAAGCAAGGAUACAAGUGUAAAGCCUGCGGCGUGAGCUGUCACAAGAGCUGCCGAAGCCACCUGUCUGUGGAGUGUCGCAAGCGGACCAAGAGCAUCAGUCAGGAUCGGCCCCUCUUCCCUUACUCGCGCUCCUACAGCUUCCCCCCGCCGGCCAAUCAGGCGCAGCCAUCCGGCCUGCAGAAGAAAGUAAUCAAAGAGGAGGAUCUGGAAUCACUGGAAAAUGAAGUGUUUGAUGUCCAUCUAUGAUGAGAGCAACAUACACAUGCUUAAUGGACGGCACCUUGUCUAUUAGAGACCAGGGCAAAUGGCUCAGGAAGAACAAUGAAAAGCUGAAAAAUAGACUGGAAAAAUUCAACAAAAGCUGGACCUGCUGCCCCCAUCUGGAAGAAAGCUGCACGUCCGCUUACCUUCGCUCCAUUUUUGUUGGUUCAUUUCAUUCUCACGUGUCCUUGCCUGGAUGUGUUGUAAUGUGCAUCUGCAGUCCCGGUUUACAUUUGCAGUCCCGGUUUUGGGAGAACGUCACUCUAAAGAAGAAAUGCGAAGCCCCUGGAAAUGUUCGUGCCUGUUCCUCCUGAAAUGUCUCUCUCUCUCAAAUGAGCAGCUGUAUUAUAACAACACUGUGAUGCGUUGUCCCCCCAUCCUGGGUUAUUCCCUGCCUUGCAGGGUAGGCUCUGGACCUGGCGUAUAACAAGCAAGGAUGGAUGGAUGGAUGAUUACACCAGAAGGGAACGAAAUAUUUAAGAAGUAAAAGUUUAAUUACUUGGUCAGUUUUAGUGUAGUUUUUUUCAUUAUUAUUAUUAUUACAGCUGCGCUGUGGAUCAGAAUUUUGUUGUUUUCUGAGAAGCAUUUUUCUAAACACCGUACUUUUCAUAACGAUCAUUUGUAAAGUUUUUCUGACGACAGUAUAUGGCCGACGCUAUAAGGACAUCCUUCAUUUACAACUGCUCCUUUAUGCAAAUACAAAUUGGAGCAGAGUUUGUAUUUAAUGUGGAAGAUUUGUUACAAAGAUUUCAAGAUAAGUUAAUCUGGCUCGACCCUUAAAAUUAUUUUGAUAAUAUCAGUAAUAAGAAGUAAAGCCUAAAAUUCUGUUCCUUAAUACUAUAAAAUUCUUGUUGUUCUGGUCUUUCAAACCUAUUAUUUCUUAUAUGUAUUCAUUCCUUUUCAGAGCCGUUACAGAAAGAAUUCUCUCAAUGCACAUUUGCAUUGGUUAAUACUGGUUAAUACUGUGAUUUUUGUUGUAUGGAGUUUGUGAAUCACAAUGGAUGAAGAUACUGAUUCCCAGUUCCUGUCUUCUUUCUCAGUAUCCAAAUGGUGUGAGUUCAAGUAAAUGUAACCCCCGCUAACCCAGAUUGUAAUAUUAAUUCUAUGCACAAAGAACUAUUUUACAUUUAAUACGAUUAACCAGAUUUAAUUAGUGUUUGUGUUUCGUGGGUAUAUCAGGACAAUUCAGUUGUCUAAAACUGCAGAGGCCUACGGUUUUCAGCCUGAGGUAAAAUAAAAAAAUAAAAAAGCAUUUUUUUUUCCACCUGUAAGCUUGUGUUGACAGUUUGGCUGCAAACACCAACCUUCUCCACUGGGUGGAGAUCUUGCUCUAAAAUGCCAUUUCCGUACAGGCAGCGCCGCGCCUCGUGUCCAGGCCGCACAGACCCUUAGGAACAGAGCAUCGUCACGUCGAUUUGCCCGGUCACUCGCGCUCGGCGCACAGCAACCGUGCAUUAAAGGGGAGAACCGGUUCCGUGCUUGUUCGCAUUCAGAGGCUUCCACUAAUCACCAUUUUUCUUUGUUAAAAUGUUUUGAAAUGUUACUGUUGGAAAAUAAACAACAUUCCUAGCUGCA